AAUAAUGGCAAAGCUUAUCUGUGCCAAAAAAUCACUUUGGCAACAAGUGUGUGAAGAGUAUGAAGCUGAGCAGCCCAGUCCUCCCAGUGCUGUGUGGACAGAUAGUAGCUCAGUGAGCACCCAGCUCUCCCAGUACAGCGCCAGUACACACUCCCCGGUCUUCUAUGGACUCACCACAGCCAAGGUGAUUGUGGACAAUGAUCCUCUCAGAGACUUUGACCCUCUUCUUUGCCACCCUGCUCCUGCUGGCUACUCGGUGUUAGAAAAACCUCAUCCUUCAAGCCAGAAGCGCCCGUCAACAGCUGAAACUACAUGGCCUCCACAGCUACAUGAAGGUCCUGUCAAACAUUUUUUGGAGAGGAGAGUGUUUCCAGUGUUAUUGCCUGGACUGGAGGCGUUGCUGAUAGAAGCCCGGAAACAUGGCUGUUUUGAGAAGGAAAAAACUGUAUUUAACCCGUGUGACUUCCUGACUGAGUGGCUCUACAACCACAACCCCCGCAGGCGAGAACAGGUCCCAGUGAACUUCCAUGACAUCCCUUUUGUCAAGGACUGGCUCAUCAUGAAUCCCAGGCCUCCCAUCCCACUGUUUCUUCUGCUGAGCGAGGAUCAGGCUGCUCUGCUCAUCCAGGCUUUCUGGAGGGGAUACAAGAUCAGGGAACGCCCAGAUGUGCAGGAGCUGCGCCAGUGGCAGAAAGAACUGAGAGAGAAUCGUGACAUUGCCAAAACUGUCGAGCAGUUCUGGGCCCAACGAGAGAGCCGAGUGGGCUCUGCAAUGACAGAUCUUCCAGGAAGUCCCCAGCCCGGUGACUCAGAUGUAUCCAUCCAGGUGGUUCCCCCACCCCCCAGAGCACCGUGGUCCACACCCCCACCCCCAAGAUGACCCCUGAGGGCAUUGAGUGGCUGACCCCUAGCCUGUGCAGCGCGGAGAAAAUGGCCUCCUCACCAUCAGUGAACGAUUUCCUGGCUGUAUCCGUGCAUGGUGACAAAUCCCUGAAUGCCUCUCCUUUUUACUAGGAACU